AUGGACAAAAGCCUCCUUAUUUUACAGAAAUUUAUAGAGGCACGCCAGGACAAGUAUAUCAAACGCCUAAAGCAGCUUGUCGCCAUCCAAAGCAUAUCAUCAGAACUAGAUCACCGCUAUGACGUCCUGAAAGCGCUUCGGUGGUGCGCUCUGAAAUUCCAGAAGUAAGUCAUCGUUUGCGAUCUCUCCUUUGCUUUCUGUAGACUAGGCUUCAGCAUUCGCUACCGCAUAGUGGGUCCGGAAAAUGUCUACGUCGGCGACAAACUUCCCUUACAUUCUGACGAACAGGCGGAGCUGCCGUACGUGGUAUGCGCUGAGUACGGCAAUGAUCUGACAAAGCGCACUGUCCUCAUCUAUGGGCAUGUCGAUGUGAAGCCGAUAGCCAAGGAUGAAAAUUGGACUCAUGAUCCAUUUGACCUGCAAGUGGUUGGCGACUAUAUGUGGGGCAGAGGAGUUACCGAUGACAAAGGCCCCGUCGUCGGAUGGUUGAAUGCUAUUGAAGCAUACGUAGUAAGCUGGAAACCUUAUAAAUAGCAGCCAAUGCGUCCACCGUUUGGUCAGUAGAUGAUUUGAAAUCAGUGACAGGUACUACCUUCAGUAUUUAGUAGCUUGUUUUGAAAGUUGACAAAACAAUAUGUUGGUGCGUUAUCGAUUAAAAAAUGCAUGACUCUCUGAUUGGGUCAGUUUAGAAGACUUACACUAAGCUAGUUGACCAAAAACCAUGUUCAUUGUAAGCGUCGAGUCGGAGUACCAAAAAGAACGAGAGGCACGGUAGUUCAGGUCCAAUAGCAACUUUUCAUUCAAUCGCUCGAACGAGCUGUUUUAUUUAAAUGUUAUCGGAUGACGAAAGCUGUUCACAGCAAUAGGGAGUGACGAUAAUAAAUCAGUCAAUAAAUCUGCAUAAGGUUUUAAAGUAAGUGGAUUUCCGCAUGCGUACUUUAGCGUUGGCUGCCAUUUGGCAAAUUUAUUUUUUUAGUAUUUAAGUGAAUGUGUAUUCAUCCUCGCAGAAAGCCAAAAUUGAGAUACCCGUUAAUAUCAGAGUCCUCCUUGACGGCAGUGAAGAAACGGGUUCGGAAGGCAUUCGCGUGCUUCUCAAUGAAAUGAAAAAAGAUUUUCUAAAGGUAACACUAUUGGUCUCUAACGUAUUGCAGUCCUCGUAUGUGUAAAACUUGUCCAAAUCCCUAAAUCAUAUUUUUCUUCUUUCCUCAGCGUAUUGACUACGUUGCUAUUUCUGACAACUACUGGCUCGGAAUGAAUACACCUUGCCUCACCUACGGCCUCCGAGGUGUCAUCUACUUCUACGUCUACGUGGAAGGUCCUAAAAGACACCUUCACUCAGGUGCACAUGGUGGGGCGGUUCAGGAACCCUUGGAAGAUCUAGACGCACUCUUGGCUUCACUUGUCGACAAGGACGGAAAAGUUCUGGUGCCCAACCUUUACGAUACUGUUCGUAAACCCGAUGAGGAGGAACUCAGGUUAAUCUCAGUCUUAACGACGUCCCAAGUAAUGAAAGGGGACACUAUUAGUGAUUACCUGUUUACAGGACUGAUAUGGCAUACGAAAAAGCAUAUAACGGGCAGGCAUGGUACAGCGUUUGUCGUAGUUGACGAGGAUCGUCCUUAUCCUGGAGAGGACGCAGUGAUUACGUGCGCGCGAAUUUGGUCAUAGUGAGGCAGACUUGUGCUGAAUCUCUGCUCCCCUUGUAUUUAAUUCACUGCAACGGCGCCAUUUUUAUAUACUUUUAUAAAUGCCCACCAAUCUGUAGCCAUCUUUGGAGGAUUUUUUAUCCCGUUCUUUACCGCCCCUACAUCGAGCCUGGUUCCGCUUUUUACAUUUGGACAAGGCUCAUGAGGUGCGCAUAUUGUUCUAUCCAACAAGUCAUCCGGAAGCUGACGUCUGAACAGAUCCAUCUUUUCGCCUAUGCGCGAGAGCAUCCGAGAAGGCUAGUUUGUUGUUUCGUGAAGGCCCGAUGAUGAGCACGGUCUUCGUGUGUUGCUCUUUUACAAUUAGCCUAGAACUCACAAUUUAUUGGGCAAUCUUUACGGCGAAGAUCUCGUCUGACCAUCCCCUGUAAUAUGUGGUUUUAUGUCGCAAUCGUAAUGCAAUACUGUGUUAACUCUGUGCUAGGUCGUUUUUGCAUCUCAUACUUAGUCUACAGUAAGUAUCCAGAAGUCAUAAACAGUUGAAUAAGGCCAUAAAAUUUACUGGUCUUUGAUUGGCUUUCCUCUUUUCAUGUUAUACAUUGGGUUGUUAAUCAAAAUGUCUACUUUUCCGCACAUAUUACUGGGCCGGUCAAUCUAGCUUUCACUUGAAAAUUCGCUCGGUUUACUUAAACAUACAGAUCGACUCAGGCGGAUUAUGUUUUCUACUUCCUGGAUUAUAAGUGUUGCAGUAGAGAAAACCGAAAUCUGCGAAACGAAAUACCUCUGGUUCUCUAUAUUUUUGUAGGACAACUUAUUGCAAAAAGGUAGCUUGCUCCAUUUUUAGCCACAUUUGAGGAUUUACUCAAUAUUUACGUACUUGUACCUUUGUUAUUGGUCAGGUUUUUCAUCCAACCGACGUAUUAUGGUUUAGACGAAUAAAACGGGUAGUUGUUUUAGACUUAGUCACGCCACCCCAGGGAGCCCCCUAUCCUCGACAAAGGGCUCGGAGUAAUAUCGUGUCAAGAUGUUGAAAAAUCACAAACGACCUCAAAUCAACACUACAGCAGUGUCAUUUAGACCAAGUUUCAUUGCUGUCCCACUAAAAAGCACUGCAGUGCGGUUUACUUUUUUUACGAACGUUAGGUAACUAGACCAUCAGACUUCUUUUCUUCCAAAAAAGCAACCUUCCGAUUCCUUUGACUCCCAGAAGUAAAAUGACAUCUGAAAUAGUCGGUUAGUUAAUGCGACGGGACGGCUGCCGAGCAGUUUGUUUUGGAACCGACCACAAAGGACCAUUUGUUUGCAGAACUUUGCGACUUUUAUUCCAAACUUGCAUUACUUUGUAUGCCCUGAAAUAUUUUGCCACGUGGUUGCUACUUAUUGUGUUUAGGUAGGUUGACAUAAUUUGAUAAGAUCGUUUCCCUAUUACUGCUAACCCCAUUCGGCAAUUCUCAUUUCCGCGUCGACUUAUUAGAGGAACUUGCGGAGGCAGCAUGCGUUUCCAUCCUAAUGACUUUCUUUGCUUUGGAUGUAGCAACCCGACCUUAUAGUUCGCGCAUCGACUUACAUCAUACGACUAUGCAUAAUCUGAUUCACACCGGUGACUUCUAGGGGGCAGAGUGAGCAGUUAGAUGUAACAGCGUGCAAUAUUGUUUGGCUGCUUACUGCAACUAGUAAACAUCGUCUAAAUCCACCAUCACUUGACUCUUGGUUGAGAGCGUUCUCUGUCGUCUAAGUUUUCACUUUGACCUGCCGAAAGCCCCUGUUAUAAUUGGGAUUAAGACUAAUUGUGUGAUAUACGAUCCAGCUACUCAUUAAAACAAAAACUGUCAAGCGCACUGAAGUAUAAGUAGGAAGAAGGGAGGUGCUGCGUACCACAACGCCAGACGGCCAAACCAGGAAUGAUGGGAUCAAAACAAGGGAUGAAACGCACGCUGGCCUCACUUUAACUCAAAUACGAGAAUGAUGUGGAAAGAGGGUUAUGUGCGUGGAAGCCUGCAGGCUGCCUGUCAAGCCAUCUAAUCGAAAUUAGUGGCAACCAUUGUCCUCUAUAUUCCAAAGGAUUGCAUAUGGGCAUCUCUUACAAUUCAUCGCUCCUACUCGAAAUAACACAGUUAUAGAUAUCACUGGCUGACUUAUGCUUUCAAGUUUCACCGUUUUAUGUACUGCCCUGUGACUGCGCAUCAAAUCGCACGGAGUUAGAAAUAGGACCUUCCGCACUAAAAGAAACAAUCGCUGGAUUGAUAUGUCCUGUAUUCAUAAAAAAAACCAGUUAUUAGGAUUUUAAGCUUCUGUAACUGCUUGUUUCAGGCGAAGUUCUACGCUAUUAACCAUAGUCCACUUGGCCUGUGUCUGCAGUUGUAUUUUAGUAUUUCUUAUCAUUCCGAACGCAAUCUUAAUUAUUAUGCCACGAUAGUGUCGGUAGUACGAAACAAAAAAGGUGUGGUUUAUUAUAUGUACAUUAAAUUCUUGAACCCCAUUCUCAACCUGUUCGAAACACGUUUUCUAGUAGUAUAUCACUCGGUAGUAUAGUUUGAGAACUGCAUCGAUGCAGCUUGUACGAUUUGAUCCUAUCGAGGACUGAUAUCUAUGACAACUUCCUCUGGUGCCUCCGCAACAGUUCAUAAAACAGGAGCAGCUUAUUGCCUCCUUCACGCGUCAAGGCCAUAGCAUUUGUGGACAUAUCAGCCAAGCUUUCCGAUUUUUUCCGAAGCUUAUCGAUUUUUUCCGAAGAACCUCCUUCCUUUUCAUAUCAGCCAAAGUCCGAAAACUAGGCUAUACUGUCAAUCCCAGUAAAUUACCCAUUUUGACAGCUCGCAAGAAUCGGAACUGCUGGAAAAUUGCUAAGAAAUUGACUCGGUGUUACUACUGCCGACAUUAUUAAACGAAUUAUUUAGACUCUAUAUGCGGUAGAUUAUUUGGCCUGAAAAUAGCACAUGUUCGUUAUUUAACUGUGGUUAAUAGGGCUGCACGCAAUCAGAGUCAGGCAGCAGCACCGUCAGUUUAGUCGUCGGUAGUUUCGAUCACGUACAACAGUGGACAGACAGAUAUAGAAAAAAAUUAAAGCAGAAGUCGCAACACUAAUGAAACGAUGGAGCCAACCAACUGUCAGUUGUACGAGUCUGUGCUGCAUACAUGGGCUGUGCUGACAUGAUUCGGAUAGAAACACCUAUCAUCAGGGCGGCAGGCUUCGCUCAGCUCACGACUUGUCUCCAGUUAUGCUCGGGCAACCGUCCUGCCAGUAGGGAAGUCAAAUGAAUGGCCUUUCUCAAGUGUACGUGCGGCAAGUUGAGGAGCGUUUACCACAUCGUCUCGCUACUUUUGGUCACUUACGCACGACGCCAGGUUCGCUCUACUGUGGCCUGUAUACUAAUGACCAUAACUUACCCACCGUACACAUAGCCGGCACCGGCCCGUUUACCCUGACUUAACUGAUCUCUGAUUUUCGUGGCAGGUUUUCGCAUGGUGGCUGCAGGGCGGUUUGCAAUCCUGACCCCCACACCCUGACAGAGCGUGUCAUAUCUUCGUACCCUAUUCAAGUUGGAAACUCUGCGAAUGACACAGUUGUCGAGUUCUGCAUAGACUCAGAUGGUCAGUCUGCGUAAAGUAAUUGCCGGGAUGAGGGGCCUCGUAUGUAUGUACUCUGGGGUGCUGCAGUAUAUUUAGAUUUGAUUGAAGUGUCUGCGCUAAAUUUUGCUUCUGGCAUCUGAUGGCUGCCUGCGGACCGAAGAAGUUGCAGAUGCUCUAGACCUCCUACAUGCCCUUAUCUCGAAAAUAUCAUUGGUUUCAUCAGACGGGUUCGUCGAGGAACGACAGAUAUUGCCCUAUUUCUCUUUCGCUCUUUGCCUCAUGAUUUGCGUAUCAGUAAGAUUUUCAGUGAAUGGAGGUGCUGAGGCUUGCUUUAAUGGCAACGUCAUGCAAAGGUUUCGUGCUCUUUUGACUGCCGGUGCAACUUCGGCGAGCAAAAAUAGUUGAGUUCAUUGAAAUUAACCAAUUGUGAUCCCCACUGAGGCAGUUCUACUAACGAAUCAAACAUUUGGAAGCCUAUCGGUGCUCAGAUUGUGCACAUGUGGUUCCGCCAAAAGUGUCUUCUGGGAAACCCGAACAAUUUUUUCAAGGUUUCAGUCCAAAGCGAUCACCCGAGCAGUGUGAGACGAGUCCUUGGCUAAGUGGAGUCUGGAGAUUCGCUAGCAAAUUUGUGUACCUGCCUGCCCCGUGUAAAUAGCACAGACUUGCAAUUUUAGCGGUUGAUUGGCUAUAUUGGCCCAUAAAGGUUGUGCCUCUUUUUUCCAUUGUUCUAUCACUGACUACUGAGUCUUCUACGUGACUGCAAGCUUAGCCGACUAAAUUGAUGGUUCUGGUAUUUUACAAAUCUUCCUCUUUACACUAAGCUUGUGUUUCUGAUUAACCUGAAAUGAUGCCUCCUUUAUCGUUCACUAAUUAGAAGGUCAGUUACCAGGCCUUAAGAAAUCGGGUCCGCCUCCAUUCCUGUUGCUUGUCAAAUCGAACACGCGCAUCGAUGGGCAAGGAAAAGCACAGACACAGUCUAGUGGAGCAAAAGUUAUUUGCUUGAUGUCUAAAGUUCUGAUAUGCGUUUACCCUUUGACGCAGAUCUUGCACAACAUUACACAGCAAGGGUGAAGACGGCGAUGUUCAUGUCGUCGAUAUCCCUGUCAUAGUGGGUGCCUGUUUUGGCGAUGCGCAGGAUAUUCGUUUUGACUCCUAUCACUUUCCUGUCCCAUAACCGCACAGUUGUCGAGGCGGUGGUUGGAGAGAUAGAACCUGCGUCUUCCACUACGUUUUCCACUGCGAAGCUGUCGGGAUUUCUCGGAUUCACAGUGGAAUUGAGAUCUGUCUUCACACAUUUGUUAGUCACUGUGGGGUCGCCAGAAUCGGUUUUGCUUCUUGUGCUGUCUGCCCGCAGGCCUUGACUCCCUGAUUCACUUCGUUGUAGCGCCCCACAGUGCCUGGAAAGCGGGAAAAAGCGCCGCCGAACAGCCCGCAAAUGUCGGACAUGUGCCCCGGAUAGCUGGCGUUUAUAUACCCCGUGUCCUCAUUGGAAAAGUUUUUGCAGACAUUAACAGCCUCCACUCGUUACUGUCCUGAUUUGUUCCUCCAUAUACGCCAGCGAAUGCAUACUAGGCUCUUAGCAUUAGGAUCCCCAGAUGCCAAGGAGAACUGGCAACGGCUUCGCAAGUGUCGACAUCUGCUUUCCGGUUCUUGAUUCCCCCGUCGACAAUCUUUCGACCGUCUUGGGCAAUUCAUUAGAUUUACCGCAUCAAGAGCCUGCUCUAAAUAGGAGCUAGUGGUAUGGGAGUCCUUUCAUUUUGUCAUCCAUUUGACUAGAUUAUAUAGCCACCCUGAAUCUCGCACGGAUAUGUUUUUAAAAUAGUCAGUGACCGCUCCGUUAAAUGAUCUGGCGGUUGCGGUUACACGCGUAUAUGCCUUCGUUCUCAGGGUUCCAAACUCCCUCCUGCACAAAGAGACGCUGAAGAGCAACGUUUACUUGACCUACCUCUCAAACUGAACCUUGGAGAUUUUGUUUAGGACUGUUGCAUGAGACCCUACAGGAAAAACUCGAGGCAUAAGGUGACAGUUUUCGUCCUCUACGCAGAGCCUCGAAUAGGGACCUCGUCGACUUCAGCGUCAUCACUAUGAUCACUAGCCCCUUUGUUAUCUGGCACAUUAGUAAUACCACCUAAGAGCUUGAUUAUAUUCAAGACAUAAAGCCAAGAACUCUGUUGCACUUGAACUCGCGACUUUGCCACCGGUGCAACGUCUACACUCUCGAAAAAAUGCACUCUAAAAUGGUUAUUGUCUCGCUGACAGCAAAAAAGAAUUAUUUCCACUGUGCCGUGCGUCCUACCAAUUAGUUCGGAGGCUAACUUGAGAGUGCUGUCUGCCAGUUUUGGCAUGGCUCCAGAAAGGAAUAAAGCCCUUUCCUUCUGACCUCCUGUCCCAGAUCUACAUCAGCGUUUCAAAGAGAAAGAGAAGACCACAGAUGCGUCCAGCAGUCAGCCUGGAUCCGCGGGUGCUUCUGACAAAUGAGAAAUCAUGUAAUCAUGUUGCUUCUGUGUUGAAUGUCAUGCGAAUAUAGCCAUAAACCUGAAGGAUUAAUAAAGCGUGUUAUGGGAUGAGUGUUAUUUGUUUUGAUGCAGAGAAAUGCCUCCUGUCGUUUCCUACUAAGAUAUUGUUAGAUGAUGCAUUGCUUACUGUUUAAAGGGACUACCUGCUUUAACAUGCGAUGGUGUGGAUUCAUGAUUGUGGUUUUGCGCUCAUGUCGCCUGAGGACAGCGCUCAAAAUACUCAAAUGUCGGGAAUUUGCGCAUACCGAUCUAUUGGUUUCCCGAAGUAAACAAGCUCCCUAUGGGUGGCAAAGGUCAUGAACAGGCGACCGAAUACCAGCCCGAAUCCGGCAAAGUUUUGAUAGCAGAGGGGGAAGACGACAAGCAAUGCGCGUAGAUUGAUACAGGUAUGUUUUGGACUUAUUCUGCCUUCAUUCAGACAAUGAUAACCGUGAGCAUCACCUGUGACCAGAAGCACAAACAUGCGCUUGCACAAGAUGCAUAUGGUUCACGGAUGGGGUCUGACAGAUGGAUCACAAGUACUUCAUCUGACCGAGGUUCAUCGGCGCCUCGCCACCUUUCAUCCUCUGUCUCUGCAGAUCGGGAAUGGGCUUAUACCGAUCCAUUAUUUUCCCGAAGCAAAUAAGCCCUGUAUGGAUGGUGGAGUUCACGAACAGACAACCAAUUACCGGAGAGCGACAGGUUGCGAGGAGCUGGUAAAUUUCUGUUUUCUGGGGUUCCUAUGACCCAUUUGCUAGAUUUCGUCCGUGAAACGUCUGCGUCGUGUGCGAGCGCAUGUUUGGGAUUCCACUUACAGAUGAUGAACAGGGUUAUCGUUGUUUGGAUGGAGGCAGAAUAAUCCAAAAACGCUUCUGUAUCAAUUUACCCGCGUUCUUUAUCAUCUCCCUCCUUUGAAUACAUCCGCGAAUGCGCAUCCCCCUGCUCAGGCAGCAAGGACUAUUGAGAUUUGUCAGCUGUCGCUUAACCCUCUGCGUGACCGCUUGUGCACAACACGCAGAUGACUUUGCCUUGGAGGCUGUCACCAGUUCAUACAAGAAAUUUUUCGAGCCGUCUGGAAAAUUUUAUUUUAUAAGCAUUCUCAAAAACUACUUGGCAUAAUUGUUUGUUCAGUGGCCCCGUUUAGGGGAGCAAUAUAGGGCACGGACAAGUUACAUUUAGGAUUGAGGUUUAAGUUGCAACUAAGAGUGUGCUGAGAACUCAACCUAUCCAUUAUACUUACAUUAAUCCCUUUUCCUCUAACCUUAUCUUACCGCUUACCCCAAAGCCUAGUGCUAAACCUAGCCUUUGAGUCUAACCCUAUCUUUUACCCCAACCUUGUCUAGGGGUUCUUAAGGGUACUUCUAAGUGGAAGUCAUUUUAUUUGUGUUUUUCCUAACUUUUUCGUUAAUCACCCCUGCUAUGCCCCUCUUUUAAUAGCAACUUUUCAUGCACCCUCUUCAACUGCCUGCUGACUGUGGUGUCAAACCUCAAUAUCGUCAGUUAUCAGUUCAUGAACUUCCCUCUCAAAUUUGCGCUCAGAACUUCAAGUGACAGUUCUAACGAGCGAAUUUUGCUGAUGUCCAUGCUAUUGGCUGGCUUUUGGUAGCUAGUUAUAUUUUACGGAAAAUCACAUAAUUUUCUUAGUGGGAGAAUAUCUCAGAUGGCGCUUGUAUUCCUGUCAGGCUAAGGAUCUCUGAGAGAUGCUCAUUGCCUACUUCAUGCUAUGACUGAGAGAAGGCGUGUGUUUUAGGCGAUUUGCGAAGCUGGAUUUCACCAUACCCACAUACGGUGGACAGAUUACAACGAGUGCACUAUACGAGGCUUCCAAAGUGGAAAUACUUCAGCGAAAAUGGUGUCUCCCAUGCAUAACAGUUCACGGCAUUGAGGACUCAUUUGACCAAAUUGGAGCUCCAACGCUCAUUCCUAAAAAAGUAUGCCCUUCCAUUUGAUUACCUCCUUUUAUUAUUUUUUUCUUCGGUAAGAACUGUCCACUUGCUGCCUCCAGUGUAUUAUCCUCCAUUCCGCUCUUCUUGCUCCAGUGUGCCACAGCAGAGAGGAUAAUUGAGGGUUAUAACUCCACGGCGGUGGUGAAAAGGGAAGAGAGGUCCAGGUAGGUGAGGGAGAAAAUACGACGAGAACUGGUGUAAAGACUGUACUGACCUGCAAUUCUGAAUGAGCACUCAAACCCCUAGCCAGGGCCUCUAAUCUACAGUAUGCCCAUAAGUCUCCAACACGUGAGUCCGUGACCGUACCAAGUCCUAAUGUUUUCGCAUGUGCGAGCGUGCGUUCAGAAAAUUUCUCUCCAAGUUAGCGAUAAUUUCUGAAGAAAUUAAGAGGCUGCAAUUUCGGGACAGGAGUAUCUGCCAUAAAGCACACAGGGGACGCUGGGGGGGCCCACUGAUCAGUCGGACCCCUCGCAGCUGUGUCAUACAGCGGCAGAAUAUCGACGAAACAUGUGCCUGGGCUUUUGGCUGGUACCUGUGCUGUCAAGCAUGGUUCAUCGUGCUAUCUCAGUAUAUACUACUGGCUGCCUGUUGGUAGUUUGUGAAUAUUGCGCGGUUAUCCAGCGGUAGCUGAUGGACUUCGGCCCAAAUAUUCAUAUCAAAAUUCAGUCUGAGCUUAUAAGUCUCAAAUAGACUUAUUUACUCCAUGCUUACGAUUAGUUUCUGAGGGAAUUAAAAAGCCGAAAAUCUCUAUCCAUUAACCAGGUCGUCAUACACAGCCACCUUAGGUACCAGCCUGUAGUAACCUCGGUCCACAAGGGGAGACGUGGUUUACCAUCGAACCCGUGGCCGCAGCUAGCUACUUUGGCUUUCAGAGUCGUUACAGUCACCUAUACUCCCCCAAGCGAGUAACAUGGACGUUGCGCUGGUUUGACGGCUUGAGCAUGCUGACCUGUGGAGUGCGUUCGUCGGGCUGCCCGUGUGACACGAGCCAGUCAGAGGUUGACACCACGUCGGCCACCGCGCUCAGUCUUUAUCACCAGUCGAUCAACGGGUUCGGCCAGGUCACGGGUGCAUAUGGGAUACAGAGACCGACAUGUAACUAUAACUUUUUCGCAAGAAUGCCAGCUGACGGGAGAACUCAGUCCCAUUCUGGAUUUAGCGCCUGGCUGCAAUGUCUCCCUCUUAAUGCCAGUGGGACCUGACAUGUGUGGGGAGCUAGAGGCCAAUUGGCGUGUGGCAGGAAUGCGUGAGUUGUUCAGCUUUACUAGCCCCUGCACCCACGUCCACCUCUGGUGGUCUGGAUCUUUUCACGCAAUCGUCACAUGGUGUGUGUAGGGAAAGGGGAGUGAGUUAAGCACUACCCAUGCCCGCACAAGUGCCGGUUGCGUGAGCCUUGUCGCUUGAGACGGUCAAACUAUCGCGCUUAACAGUUGCUCAGCUGACGACGGCAGGCAGGAGAUAAUAUAAUAUCAGCCAAAAGCGAUGAAAUCAGACACUGACGAGAUAUUCAACUCGGCAAUUCCUUAUGUGAAAUGUGACCUGAACCACGCCGCGUUUUCCCUUUUCACAGCUGUGUGAAAUGUAAUAAUUAUUCUUGCGACUAUUUUAGAGUUGCGAAAAUUCCCAUCGAAAAAUUCAAAAGACGAUUUGGCAAGCGUACAUCUGCUCUCGAUAAGUUCUUUUCAGGCCUGUACAUCUAUGUUGCUAUUGUAAUAAUGGAUAGGAGGAUGCAGGCAAGUAGGUAAUUGUGCUGUAGCUCGGGUUUGGGGGCGGGAGAGGAGUGAAGCGCCGAAAUCCGAGUCAGCGUCAUGGGUAUGAUGCACAACAGGAAAGGUAAUCAUAUACUGGUGGUUGGCUUGGACCAUGACCACUGUAGGACCUGUAUGGGGUUCUUCUGUGCGCACAGGACCGGUUUGCGUUACCUGAUUGUAGCCGCCUCUGCCGUGGCCAACAGACGCCGCCCAAGUAGUUUUGGAUAAUAUGGUAAAACUUGUAAACCACUCGGGAACCUCUCUGGCAUCCUCAAGGUGGUAUCUGUCUACCAUGCGCACGGAUACAGCUAUUAAUGUUCUUUACUUGACCCUUCAGGGAUUAUUUUGGAAGAUUUUCUCUUAUUCUUUUGUACAGACGCCGAUUCAUGAGACCAAUAUAUUCAGUCCCACAGGAGCAGGUGAGAAAGUGAUUUAAAGGGAUUAUCCCAUCCAAGGAUCUCAUCUUACUUUAAACUGGGACCCAAUUAGAAAGUUAAGACCUACCCAUCCCCCUUAUUCCUUCGUUCGCAUUUAAAAGGCCCAGCCGGCAAGCAAAUAAGGUGUUUACUACUAAUUUUAACAUUGGGGUAUCGCCAAGUAAAUCCUAACGCCCAGGUGUCUGCGUAGUGCUAUUAUUUCAAAUAAUAUUAAUUUCUCGUCCAUUGCGUUUCUACAUAAGUUUGCGCUAGCAGCAGUGUCAACCUUCUUUUGGGGUUAGGAAUUUUAAAAAAGUCGAGAACACAUGAGUUUUUCACAGUUAGGCCAUACACUUAUAGUCCUUCCCCACUCCGACGAGCAAACAACAGUGUAAGCAUCUGUUAUAGUGAUUUUUAUAACUUUUACUCCCUUCAAGAAAUUUAAUUUCCCUUUCCUCUUAGGUAAUGGGCAAAUUUUCUGUGAGGAUUGUUCCGGAUCAGAACCCUAGGAAGAUUGCGGACCUCGUCAGAAAACAUCUGGAAUCUGUCCACAAAAAACGCCGGUCUGGCAAUCGCCUAGAAAUUAAAGUGUUCCGCGACGGCCAACCCUUCCUCGCAGAUCACACUUGCCCCAAUUUUACCGCAGCCAAACGAGCGAUCACCCAUGUGUGGGGAAAGGAACCAGAUCUCACACGAGAUGGUGCUACAAUUGCCAUGGCGGUCGCACUAGAGGUAACCAUUCUUUGUGGUUUGUGCAUUUGCUCAGGCUUACAUUUCUGUAGUUUUAACGCUUUCUUUGGUAGGUUUCACGGGACCCAUACACAUGAAGAUCAUUAGGAUAUUAGUGGUAUACAGAUGGUCGAAAUGCCGUUUACCUGUUCUGGCCACUUGGCUUCAGUUGCGCGGAGAGUGUGUCAGCCAGUGUUGGCGAAUACAGCCGCAUUUGAUUAAUAGCAUGUGGUUCGUUUGCUAAAAUAAUAUUCGUUUGCAUACCUCAUUUAGCCACUCGCUGGAUUAUGAAGGGAACGAGAGCGCGAGCAGAGCUCGAGGCACGCGCAGAGAAGCGCGUGAAAGUGGCGUAUACACAUUCUCCCCGCGACACAGCCACUCGCUGGGUUAGUAGGAUAAGGAGGGUGCAAUCACAACUGGAAGUCCACGGAGGGGACCGCGUGGUAAUUCGCAUUGCAUGGCCAUUGUGGUGGAACCGAGCAAUUUCAUUCGGAGGCCUAAUUAGCCAUUCUCUGGAUUAUUAUAGUAAAGAGGAUGCAAGCAGGACUCGAAGCACGCGCGGAGAAGCACGUAUGAACUGCUACCUCAAGUAACCGAGGCUGACGUAUAAGCACUCCUCCCCGUGGCACAGUCGCUCGCUGUAUUAAAGUGGUAAGGAAGAGGCAAACAAGUGAUAUUUGUAAAGUCUGAGUACUCACAUCUUCUAAGAUUAUUUAAGGAAGCUAACCAUAUGGUAUCAAUUACGUAGUGCUGCAGAACCAAACCUCGCCCUUUUUUGCGGAGGCUUUCAUAAAAUUCUCCUUUUUUCUCGAGCACGGACAACUAUUCAAAUCCCAGUGAAUUCGCGUUUUAUGGAAGACAGAGAAUGGAUCCGCGUUAAUUCUUCCUUUGACAGAAUUUUCUUCGUCUUCUAAUUUAAAACCUCUCGAUUCAUGCCGUAGAUGUACUAUUUAAUGAAAUGUUAACCGAAAUGCUGAAAUGUAGCUUAGAUUGCGAAAUAUUACUUAAGUAGGAUCGUAAGACUAUCGCGCAGUAUAAUCAGAAGAUAUAUCAGUUACAUAAGGAUGCCAGCUUUUAAUGAGCUUCUUUUCAGCCGCUUGCAAAGAUUACUUCUUGUAAGAAAUAACUGCUAAAGCAGUAGGAAUUUUUUACCAUUGAUUUUCGAUGACCUUAUAAAUUCAAAUAUAUGUUGUGGUAAAAAUGCGCGCAAAUAUUCUUUCUUGGGUUAAUUUGGUAUCAAAUCGCACCCUCUUCAAAUUUUCUGUUAGAUGAAAGAGCACCUUAUAAAAGUUUCUAACUAUGAGAUUGAUUAUGACCGUGAAAUUUUUAUUGUAACGUAUACAGUGCCCCCCAAAACGGGCCACACGAUAGAUGCGCUGUACCAACACAGGAGUCAUCUCGGAUUCUGGCAGGCGUUAUCGGAUUUUCGCACCAUGACAAAUGCCAACACUUCGGGCUGCGGUGGCAGACCCGGUUGCUGACAGACGUCGCGCAUACUGGGAUCCCUGCCGCCCCCCCCCCACUUUAGCUGUUGGUUAAAGUCCUGGUCAUUUGCUGUGUUGACCAGGGUGUGUGGAGUUGAGCGCCAAGGUGCGGGCUCGACCGUGCCAUCCACCUGCGCCUUCGUCCUCCUCCGGUCUUCUUGAUUAUGUCUUGACACCGGGUCCAGGUGGGGUAGCAGGAGAGAAUGUGGUAGAUGUUGCGUAAAUAUACAUUCAUUAUGAUUUACUCGCUAGUCACCGUGCCUGCUUCACCUUGCCAUGGAGCACACGAUGGACAUCUUCGAUGAUGACGGCCGAACUGUCAUAAAGUAUACAAAAUGAUCCUCAUGCACUACAGAAUUUUAUGAGCCCUAUAUGGCAACUUCUUAGUAGCAUAUAUAGAUGUGUGAUUUUCCCUACAUGGAAAAUGGGCAGCAUGUAGUUUGAAAACCCUGAAUAAAAGUGCGACGGCAGGUCAAGUUCCGAAUUAUUUGAGAAUUGACGUUUCUAAAGACCUUCACCCGAGUUCGGGACUCUAGUUCGUCACCACGAGAGAUUUGCUCAAGGUUUCCGUAUCACAGUCUACGCUGGAAGCCAUUCAUAUACAGUCUAAAACUGCACUAUCCACAGGAGGCUCUGGUGCAAUGCUGUAUUCACCCUCAAAAUGUAACUGCGAAAAAUUCCCAUUCACUCUAUUUAAGUAACCGCUAAAUGACCAAAACCAGCACCGUACGAAAUUGAUUACAUUUAGAAUAAUGUCUGCGGCUUGUGCUAGACACUUCGGCGUUUGUGAAAAUUAUGACUUCUCUCAUUUUUCAUAAGGUACUCCAUUCACAAGCACCAAUCUAAGUUAGAUAUGGUAAGCGUUCCUAGAGAAGCUAAAUCAGAUAUUGCACGCUGCAAACUUCUUCGUCGGCCUCGAACAUCCCGCACCCGCAGGUAAUGAGAAAAACAGGAAAUUCCCGUGAUGUGACUAAGCUAAUUUAAUGUCGUUUGACUGAUCUUUUUCUGAGUGCAAAUAAUACUAAUGAAAUGUUCACCCUUCUCGCUAACGAAUGUAAUUUAAGCUAACUAGCAUAAGUAAUCCCAAAAUGCGUUCGUCGAAAACGACAGAAGUUUUCGUUCACUAGGAGAUCCAUACCCUGCUUGUCAUCUACGUGCUGCAUUCACAGUAUUAGGUUCCUAAAACAUUUCCCUCAGUACCGCCACGAAGCUCGCCCGUGAGUGCACACGAUGGCGCAUUAUUAUAUGAUAGAUCAUUACCUGUGAACAAAAGUCACUUCUAAUCCGAUCUACUCCACCCACUCACUCAGUCAACAAAGCUUAUCGGCACAACUGCCUCCCCCUCCCACACGACGUCUUUGGCUCUGACCUCGGUGUGAACGGAUAAGGCGUUUUAUAUAAUAGCUGCGAAGCCUAGGUCACCACAAGUCGCUAUCGGUAGAGAUCUAAUAUGUGGGGCCACUUGGCAAACCAACACACAAGGCCCCCUUUAAUACGGCAUUGGUGGUAAUAAGGGGCAUCGUGGGUGGUCAAAAGUAGCAACAAGAAGUGAAAUGUCAAGGAAAAAUAUCGAAAAGCAAUAGAUAAGCGGGUGUUCGUUUAAAUACUUCACUGCAGUUUAUAAAAGUUGUGCGCAAUUCAAAAAAACGGUGUUUCUUAGCAAACGAUGAACUAACAAAACGCCCCGAUAUUGUACCGACCGCGUUUUACUGGAAAGGCAAGGCCUCCUGAAAGCCAAGCAAAGACCAGACGUAAUCGACGGCUAUGAAAGCGGCCGUCCAUUCCCCACCCCCUCCUGGCAUAUGUUAUUGUGGGAGCGCGAUUCGAAAGCAAACUCAACGCCGAAGUGCGUAGUUGGUAACCCAAAUUGUAAAUCUGAAGACAGGCUGAUCGUAUUCCAACUCGUAGUCUUGUAUGUCUACCUGAAUCAUAUAAGAACAUGAUUGUACACACGAGACACUUACCCUACUGUCAUCUACCAAUCAUAUAGGUUCUUCCUAUAACACUUUCUCAUUAUUGGACUUGUUCUAACUGGUUGAAGUCCAUCUAGACCACAGUUACCACUAGCAAUAGUUUCCUACCAGACGACAGCAACCGCAAAAACGAAACUCUCCUGAAGAGUGAUCAUGCAGUCUCAGCAGCAAGAGUUCCCCAAAUUUCCCGUAGUAUGUUCAACUGAAAUAUUCUAUGAUUAGUAGGAAAUGCAGAAUGUGAAUUUUCUGGAGUGUUGCUAAAUACAUACACCAAUUAUCUACACACAACCUUUGCCCUCCCAGUAAAGCGCCGGGCAGAUUAAAGCAGGCUCUCCCUCUCCGUUUCCAGAGCAAAGAAAAAUCAUUUAACUCGUGCAGCAACCGACCCAGGCGUAGAGCACCCGACACGGCUUCGACCGGUCAGCUGUGCGACUCUAUUUAACAGUAGACGUUUUCUGGCCGUACGGGGUCUCUUCUGUUUUCGUCUUUUUUCUUAAUUAGGAUGAGCUUUUUAUCAGCAGUUCCACUGUAUGCCAACCGUGAGCGUACUACGAAUACAAGAAGGGAUUUUUACUGUAUUCAGCGUUGCAAACAUUGCAUGCUUGGUAAAGCGGUAGUCGUUCCCUUUGUUUUCUUGCGUACGCUUAGAGGAGGGACCAACGUUUUGUCUUGAACUAACUGAUUGCUGAACCGAUUUCCAGUUUCAUUUUACUGUGCAUAGAAAAUAAGACGUGUACAAACAGGAAGGGCGCGGGAGAUCCAUGCUUAGAGAGGUGGUGCGAAAAUAACUGGUCAAAAGUAAGCUCAACAUGCUCGUUUGCAUAACAUAUCAAGUAUAUCCCAAAACUCUUAUGAAAGACGGUUGAAGUAGUAGGGGCAAUGCCCCCGUACCCUCCCACGAGCUCAUUGCUGCUUCUCUAUACCAACCUCUUUCCCAGCCCAUUUUGGAGAACGUAGAGACAGACAACUAAAAUCCCCGCUCUACACGGCGCCCAAAAAUAUCAAGAUCCUUAUUGGGGCCUGUCGGGCAGAGGUGUUAAGGUUAGGGUUAACGCUAGGGGAGUUAUGUUUGUUGUCAGUGUUGGGGUUAACAUUACGACAGAAAGAUACAUACCCCUGGAAUUUAGCGCGAAGCCACUUGUAGCACCAGGAGUCCGUUUUUCCGUGUCCGACUUUGGGGCCCCGUUUUUAGUCUCUGCUGUGAUGUAAAUCGACUGAGCUGAAAAGAUCCGCUGCCCCAGGUCUUCUCAAGUUGAGGGGAGAUGGAUCGUGCAUCACCUCUUUCAGGCCAACUGAAUCAAGCAUGAUUGCAGCGGUAUCAAGUACAAUGUUCAAACGUACUUGAUUAGUACUUUGCCUCUCUCAAAUAAGGACUUUUGUGGAUUCAUUGUGGAUAUUCCGAUAACUUGUUCUCGCCGAUUUAACUUAAUUUCAGGACGAAGCCAUCUAAUUUCGGUCUGCUCCGCGUGCAAGAUUGGGCUUUCAUUGGACAUGAGAAAUGAAUAAUCGGGGAACUUUGAUGACAGAGCAACAUUUUCGUGUGGCGGUCGUUCUCGAUAAGCCUAGAGGUGUGUUUUACUCUCAAAGCAGGCCGAAACGGUUAGCGAUUACUACUUAUGCGAAUUUAUUCCGGGUUCAGUAGAUGGAACAGUGACUCCUAGUGCGGUAGUCAAAGCGCUACACUUCUUCCGAUCCAACUCAGUAAACUAGGGCUGGAAUCCGAGGGUCUUCCAGAUUUGUUAAAUAUGCAGUUUCCGAAGGACAGUGUCAAUUAAGUCGGAUAUGAUCAGUGCUCUUUUCCCUCCUCGUAUCGAUGCAGCCCUUCCUACGGUAACUACACAUGUCAACAGUGAAUCAGCAAGGUGCAGAAAUUCGCCAUUAGUGACAUAUUUGUAAUCAGAAUUUUCUAUAACGGAUGGGUUACAAAGUCCUCGUUCAGUCGAGAAAUCUGCCUUCAGCUGAUAGUUUGGUUUGAUCAUCCACUGAAUCCUUGUUUGGUUUUACGAAAGGCAAUCUCGUUAUUUCACUUUCACAGGAAACCACUAACCGCGAUGUAGUCCUGAUCCCUAUGGGUCAGUGCCUGGACUUUCAGCAUGAAGUGAACGAAAGGCUCUCAAUCAAGAACUAUGUCAAGGGCAUACAAGUCUUCGCUUGUUACCUCUUCCAUAUUGCUGCUUUGGACAAAGAGGACAGUGAUCUGGAGGCAGAACGGCAGUUGCAGCGAAAGAAGUGGCGUUAUACCUUCUGGUAA